AGCCAUAAAGGAGGGGGGGAGCAUUGCUUUUGUAUGAGAUGGGGGGGAGAGGGAGAUAGCGCAUGUCUCAUCUCUCAGUGUAGCCACUAGACGCUCCCUCCACCACCAUCUUGCAUGUGCAACAUUUCCAGCCGGACAUCAGCUCUCCCGGGGCUAUGGAGACUGCGGGAAAUAUCAUACUCAGGAUGGAUUGCUAGACUCCCAGCUACUGGCUUUCUUUCUGUGUUUGUGGUUUCAGCCUUGAUGCUUCUCGGCAGCAUCUAAGAGAGAGAGGAGAGAGAGAGAGAGAGAGAGCGAGAGAGAAAGAGAAAAGAGAAGAUGCGGAUUAUUUGCCAACAGCUUGUCUUGUUAUUCUCUGGCUUCUGUGGGAUUGCGAUGGGUGCCUUUCCUAGCAGCGUUCAGAUAGGUGGGCUUUUCAUCCGAAAUACAGAUCAGGAAUACACCGCUUUUCGAUUAGCAAUUUUUCUUCAUAACACCAGCCCCAACGAGUCAGAAGCACUUUUUAAUUUGGUUCCCCAUGUGGACAACAUAGAAACAGCCAACAGCUUUGCCGUGACCAAUGCCUUUUGCUCCCAAUACUCAAGAGGAGUAUUUGCCAUCUUUGGACUAUAUGACAAGAGAUCUGUACACACCUUGACCUCAUUCUGCAGUGCUUUGCACAUCUCUCUCAUCACGCCAAGUUUCCCAACAGAAGGUGAAAGUCAGUUUGUGCUGCAGCUGCGACCAUCUUUGCGGGGGGCUCUCCUCAGUUUGCUAGAUCACUACGGCUGGAAUCAUUAUGUCUUUCUUUAUGACACAGAUAGGGGAUAUUCAAUACUCCAAGCAAUUAUGGAAAAAGCCGGGCAAAAUGGAUGGCAAGUCAGUGCGAUAUGCGUGGAAAAUUUUAAUGAUGCCAGUUAUAGACGUCUGUUAGAAGACCUGGAUCGCAGACAAGAGAAUAAAUUCGUAAUAGACUGUGAAGUUGAAAGGCUUCAGAACAUUCUAGAACAGAUUGUAAGCGUUGGAAAACAUGUUAAAGGUUACCAUUACAUCAUUGCAAACCUGGGAAUCAAGGACAUUUCGCUUGACAGGUUUAUGCAUGGCGGAGCUAACGUAACAGGAUUCCAGCUGGUAGAUUUUAAUACUCCAAUAGUGACUGAACUAAUGCAGAGAUGGAAGACACUUGACCAACGGGAGUACCCGGGAUCAGAGAGCCCUCCAAAGUAUACUUCUGCACUAACAUACGAUGGUGUACUUGUAAUGGCUGAAGCUUUUCGGAAUUUACGGAGGCAAAAAAUUGAUCUUUCAAGAAGAGGGAAUGCGGGUGAUUGCCUUGCUAACCCAGCUGCUCCUUGGGGUCAAGGAAUUGAAAUGGAGCGAACUCUCAAACAGGUUCGAAUACAGGGAUUAACAGGGAAUGUUCAAUUUGAUCACUACGGUCGCAGAGUGAACUACACAAUGGAUGUCUUGGAGCUGAAAAGUACAGGUCUCAGAAAGAUCGGUUACUGGAAUGACAUGGACAAAUUAGUCCUACUUCAACACGAGCCUUUAUUUAAAAAUGACUCCUCUGCAAUUGAAAAUAGGACCGUUGUUGUAACUACAAUAUUGGAAUCUCCGUAUGUAAUGUACAAGAAAAACCAUGAGAUGCUAGAGGGAAAUGAUAAGUUUGAAGGAUAUUGUGUAGACCUGGCUUAUGAGAUUGCAAAACACAUUGGUAUCAAGUACAAGAUCGCCAUUGUUCCUGAUGGAAAAUAUGGAGCAAGGGAUUCAGAUACAAAAAUCUGGAAUGGGAUGGUGGGAGAGCUUGUAUAUGGGAAAGCAGAGAUUGCUGUUGCUCCAUUGACCAUCACCUUGGUACGAGAAGAAGUAAUUGACUUCUCAAAGCCCUUUAUGAGUUUAGGGAUUUCCAUUAUGAUUAAGAAGCCUCAGAAAUCCAAACCAGGUGUUUUUUCAUUUUUGGACCCUUUGGCCUAUGAGAUUUGGAUGUGCAUAGUUUUCGCUUACAUUGGUGUUAGUGUAGUCCUUUUCCUGGUGAGCAGAUUUAGUCCUUAUGAGUGGCACACAGAAGAACCAGAGGAUGGAAAGGAAGGACCCAGCGACCAGCCUCCAAAUGAAUUUGGCAUAUUUAAUAGCCUCUGGUUCUCUCUUGGAGCAUUUAUGCAGCAAGGCUGUGAUAUCUCACCAAGGUCUCUCUCAGGUCGUAUUGUUGGAGGAGUGUGGUGGUUCUUCACUCUCAUUAUAAUCUCUUCUUAUACCGCUAACCUGGCUGCCUUUUUAACCGUUGAAAGAAUGGUAUCACCUAUCGAAAGUGCCGAAGACUUAGCCAAACAAACAGAAAUUGCCUAUGGAACUCUAGAUGCUGGAUCCACAAAAGAAUUUUUCAAAAGAUCCAAAAUUGCGGUUUACGAAAAGAUGUGGACCUACAUGAAGUCAGCAGAGCCAUCUGUAUUCACUAAAACGACGGCGGAAGGAGUCGCGCGCGUACGGAAAUCUAAGGGGAAAUUUGCAUUCCUUCUGGAGUCCACGAUGAAUGAAUAUAUUGAGCAGCGGAAACCUUGUGACACGAUGAAAGUCGGAGGAAACCUGGAUUCCAAAGGCUAUGGAGUGGCAACGCCAAAGCAUUCUCUAUUAAGAACUCCUGUAAACCUUGCCGUUUUGAAACUCAGUGAGGCAGGCGUCUUAGACAAGCUGAAAAACAAAUGGUGGUACGAUAAAGGUGAAUGUGGACCCAAGGACUCUGGAAGUAAGGACAAGACGAGUGCAUUAAGCCUGAGCAACGUUGCUGGAGUUUUCUACAUUCUGGUUGGAGGCCUGGGCUUGGCAAUGCUGGUGGCUUUGAUAGAGUUCUGUUACAAGUCAAGGGCAGAGGCGAAACGAAUGAAGCUGACCUUUUCUGAAGCCAUAAGAAACAAAGCCAGAUUAUCCAUUACGGGGAGCGUAGGAGAAAAUGGCCGCGUCUUGACUCCCGACUGCCCGAAGGCCGUACACACCGGAACUGCAAUUAGACAAAGUUCAGGAUUGGCUAUAAUUGCAUCGGACCUACCAUAAAAACCAAAUAAUUUAUUGAGUGCCUUAAUUCAAACACUGUUGGUGAGAUACAGCACAGACUGUGAGUCACAUUUUGGGGGGGAAAAACGAAAAAAAAAAAAUCACUGAUGACCUAGAAAAAUUGCUGAGAUCGGGAAGAAUGUCCAAAUGCGGCAAACAUCAUCAGCAACGAUGUGUGCAUGAGCUGUGCUCGGAAUCCCAAACUCAGAUUUUAUAUCAGGAAAAUGUAUAAUUUAGUUUUAUUCGGGGGGUGGGGUGGGACAGAGUAUAUUAGCAGCAAGAAAUUUAUCUUGAAGGAACUAUAAUCUAAAAAGACUUGUCUAUUAGCGCAUUAAACUGUGAAAAAAAAAACACGAUCAGAAUGGACAAUUCUUGCUAUCUGUUCUAACCAAGAAGGAACAUAGCUAUAGAAGUCGAAGAAACUACUAACCAGUAUCUCAAGAUUUUUCCAUACGUAUAACGGAUGACGAAUAUCCAGUUGUUGAAAUAGAUCUCUUAAGAAAAAAAACUGUGAUUAAAAAUUAAUAAACAUGUAAAUCCUGUGAAAAAAAAUAAAUUAUUUACUAUUUCUUUGAAAAGAAAAAUUAAAGGAUAUGACGUGCUUGCUUUUUAAAUGAUGUAAAUUUGAGCGUACAACACAGUUCUUUUUCUAACCAUCUUAGGGAACAACUCAUUGCAAUAAUUGAUUAAAAAUGCCGUCACUAUAAUCAGAUCAUUUUUUUUUGUUCUUUCAUAAGAUUACUGGGGAAUUUCCUGCUUCAUCCCACCGUAUGUUCUACAUACACGUUAUUCGUCCAUUAAGCCACCAUACGUUACGAUGUUACAUAACAUAAGUCAACUGUGUAGAGUCCGCCAGGCCAUCGAUCAUUCCUGUUUCAAAUAUUAUUUAUAAUCUUGUUCUAUGUAAGAAAUUGUGGUUUUUUUUUGUACCCACCAAAAAGAAUAAAAGAAACAGACAUUCUUAUAA